AUGGCGGACACAACAAAAUUAGACAAGAAGCGAAAAAGGGACGAUGCAGACAAGCACUCUCAGGCUGCGACAUCAGGGAACAAGAAACAAAGAUCAUUCGAUGACCGAAAGAACAACAAGGGCAAAAAGUUCGACAAGAAGCGCAAAGAAGAAGGCAAGGCUAAGCAACCGUCGGAAGCUCCAAAGAAACAAGAACGUGAAGAAGCUUUUGACGAGUCCAUUGGUAAGAUGGAUGGGCAGUUGCUAGCCGACCACUUCAUGCAGAAAGCCCGAAGGCACAAUAAAGAUCUGACUGCAGUGGAACUCAGUGAUAUGAGUGUUCCAGUGCAUGCAUUUUUGGAUACGACAUCGUUUCACAACUCGCGGACUCUGGCACAGUUACCGGAAUUCCUUAAAGCAUUCGACCCCAACAAAGGCGCCGCUCUAGGAGAGGCAUCAGAAGAAAAAGGCAGUCCACACACCCUCGUGGUGGCUGCCGCUGGUCUCCGAGCUGCCGACCUGGUGCGGGCACUACGGUCUUUACAAAGCAAGGAGGCUACCGUUGCCAAGCUAUUUGCAAAGCAUAUCAAAAUCGACGAAGCCAAGCAAUUCCUCGAGCGUGCACGCGUUAACAUUGGUGUCGGAACCCCUCAGCGUAUCAUUGACCUUUUGGAGGCUGGCUCUCUGAAAACGCAAGAGCUAAAACGCAUCGUGAUUGACGGCUCGCACAUUGACCAGAAGAAACGCGGCGUGUUUGAUAUGAAGGAAAUGUUCUUUCCAUUGCUGAAGCUCCUCACCCGGGCAGAGUUUCGGGACCGGUAUGAUAAGGACUUGAAAGUGGUUAUUUACUAA